UUGCAUGGCGAAAUUCAUUAAACUAAAACUAAACUAAAAAUAAAUUUCAAAAUUUUUCAAAGCUUUGAUUGCUUUCACAUCUCCAAAGCUGAAAAAUCAGUCGCGACAACUUCAUCCUUUUUCUCCUACAAAUGUAUUGAUGGCCGUCCCCUUCGCACACUUGACUCUGCCCCUCUCGAUUGCUUCUCUCACCAGCCCACCGCCCCUUCCUCCUCCCUCUGCUUCUCUCCGACCACCGGUUUCAUGGGUUACCUCUCUUGCAAUGCAGAAUCUGCGAUAGCGGUGUGCGAUCCCUACAACUGGGAUCGGAGAAGAAAAGGUAAAAGAACGAGAACCCCCAGAAUCCCUAAUUUCAAAAUCAGAGAGUUUCUUUACACUGAACUCCUCGAUGCCACCAACGCCUUCUCCGCCGAGACUUUCCUUGGGAAAGGCAGCCACGGCUCCGUUUACAAAGCCACUCUCGAUAACGGGAAGCUCGUUGCCGCUGUCAAGAAAACUACGUCUGGAAACUUUAAACAUAGCGGUAGUAAGUGCAUCAACUGCAACUGCAACAGCCCGGCCGAUAACGAGAUUGAGAUCCUCUCGUGGGUUCAAAAUCCCGGCUUCGUGAACCUCCUCGGAUUUUGCUCCGAUUCCCGGAGUAGCAAACUGAUCGUUGUGGAGUUCAUGCCAAAUGGUUCGUUGUACGAUCUGUUGCACUCUUCUUCUACUUCUAGACCGCCUGGAUGGAGCCGCCGCGUCCGGUUCGCGCUGCAGAUAGCGAAGGCGGUUCAAGCGUUGCACUCUGCUAACCCGCCGGUGAUCCACAGAGACAUAAAGUCGUCCAACAUUUUGAUCGACGACGACUGGAACGCCAGAUUGGGUGACUUCGGGCUCGCGUUAAGAGGACACGUGGAGGACGUUCGGAUCAAGUGCACCCCGCCGGCGGGGACGUUAGGUUACCUCGACCCUGGCUAUUUGGCGCCAAGUGAUGUCAGCUCAAAGAGCGACGUGUUCAGCUACGGCAUCCUGUUACUGGAAAUCAUUAGCGGAAGGCACGCCAUUGAUUUGAACUACAGCCCACCUUCCGUCGUCGACUGGGCGGUUCCGUUGAUUAAACGAGGAAAUUUCACCGCAAUCUGCGACAAUCGGAUCGGAUCUCCGGCGGACCCGGAGGUGAUCCGGACCCUGGCUCUGCUGGCAGCAAGGUGCGUGAGGUCCACGGCGGAGAAACGCCCGGGAAUGUCAGAAAUCAUUGAGUGUUUGAAAGUUGUAAGAAAGAGAGUUCACGCUCCACCCGUCUGGUCGAAUUUGCGGCGGCGCGUGAGGCGCGUAGACAAACCUACGCCAACGUUUGUUCAGUACCCAGUCUUCGACGGGAGCGAGGAGGUGUUUAGAAGUUCAAUGUGCGGUAGCAGGAGGAAUAGCAGGAAAGUAUCGAGUGUGGCGAGUGUAGAGCACGAAGGCGGAAUAACAGGCGAGCGUGUGGUGAGAUCGAAAUCGAUUGGGUCAUACAGCGAGGUGACAAUGAAUGUAGGGCUGGAGUCCGAUCUGGACGGUGAUCACGUGGCGUUGGUAAUUAGGAAAAAGCCCGUGGGCGCGGCGGCGGUUGUGAGGCUGAGCAAGUCAAGAUCGACGGGUGUGUUGCAGGGACGGAGACUAUUGAAUCAUAGCAGUAAAGGGUAUGUUUUGGAGAAGGAGAAGGCGAAGCGAACAUUGUCAACAACCCAGUUGGAUUUUUCAAAGCUGAUUAUCAGCGGGGAUGAGAAAUUUGAAAGAAAAAUGCUGGAGAAACCUCUGGUUUCGUUUUAAGUGCAACAAGCAUGGAACUAGAAGAACAAGAAGAAGAAGAAGAAGAUGGAAGCAGAAUGCUAGACAAGAUAGUGUUACUUGAUGAUGGAUUCCAAAAUUCUGAAUGGACAAUGGAGGAAUCCAUCAACCUGUAACACGAUAUCUUUUAAGGGGAGAUGUGGCUUCAGCAACAACCUUAGACUCUGUAUAAAAUAGCAUUUGCCUUAUUCUUAAGAUUGAU